GGAAAUUAAAGGAAGAGGGGCGCGAAGAGAGAGAAAAAAUCUAGACAGAGAAAGUUAGAGAGAGAGAGAGAGAGAGAGAGAAAGAGAGAGAGGGGAGGCGAGAGAGGAAGGGUGGGUUAGUCGGUCUGAGUCGGGUGGCCGAGUCAUCAACAAAUCACAGGGCGUGUGUGUUUGGGGAAAUAUAACGAAGAAAAAAAUGGAGAAGAUUACAACGAGGAGAGUCUCUCCCCUUUUAUCACUACUACUAUACUUCCUUCUAGUGACCCCCACAACUCCAACCCUAAUCCCAAUUACCCCCCUCCCUUUCUCUAUCUCCUCUAUUUCCCACCGACCCUUUCUCCCUCUCUAUACUUUCGUCUCUCUCUCUCUUAUUAUUCUCUGCCGUCCUCUUCUCUUCCUCUGCCUUCCUCUUCUCUUUACCCUUAUUCGUUUCGCAACGAUCUUCCUCAACAAGGAAUUUCAAAUUCAAACUUGCUCCAGCCUGUGGCUUUUGGCCUUUCCUUUCAGCAGCUGAUACGUAUUAGCAUUGGAGGAAUUGUGCUUUUAAGAUCCUUUCCUCGAUGGAAGAGUUUGCGGGCCCUUGGUUUGAAGGUAUAGGAAGCACUAUUAGUAGAAAGAAGAGGAGUCACACUUUCCGACGGCCUAGACCUGAGUCAGUGCAGUUUCCUGAGACUUGUGACCCUUCUCCCUCAUCAUCAACACCGCCUUCUGAUGACUUAAGCAAGCUUUCCAGUGAUGAGAUUACAGGGGAUGACACUAAUUCUAGGAGGAAAGUGUUCAAUCUUAAUCAGUGUGCUUUGAGGGGUACUGCUGGCAGAGUAGGUGAAUACCCUAAUAAAAAGAUUAAAGGUGAUAGAUCAUCUAGUUUGUUGAACGGUGACGGAGAUUUGGGAGGUGAAGGGGUCUUUUUCCCUCAUUCAAAAACGACGAGCAAGACAAAGGGCAGUUUGGAAUUGCAUUCCACCACUGAAGGUAUUAAUGGUGGAAGGAAUGGUGAAAGUCAGAGUUCAGGGAACCCAAGAGUAAAUGGACAAGGAGUCGGGAAUGACAAGGUUAAAAAGGUUAAGCUUAAGGUUGGUGGAGUCACAUGUACAAUUCAAACAAACGUGAAUGCUAAUGGUGCAUCAGGUGGUGGGGCUUCUGCGAAAAGUUUUCGAACUUCAGAUGCUCCUCGCUCACAGCGCAAGAUGAUUCUUCAGGACAAUUCUGACAAUGACCAUACUCUACCAAAUAAGAAGAGUGGUAUGCGAGGAGUUCCCUGGAAGGAUUUCACAAGAGGCAGUUCUGCUACUCGUGAGAAGGAGGAUUCUUCAAUGGGGAAGAAUGCAUCUAGAAACCAAGGUGAGAAUUCAGAGCAAAUUCGUAAGAGCAAGAGGGUGCCAAAGAGGCGUGUAUUGGAUGGGGCGUUUGACGAAGAGGAUGGAGAUGAUGAGAUCAGAUACCUAGAGAAACUGAAAUUUUCUAAGGUCGCUGCAGUUAGUAAAAGUUUUGAGGAACACUCAAGGAAGAAACAGCGAAUUUCAAAGGUUUCUGAGAACACUAAAUGUGAUGCGGUUUCGGAAGAUUUUGUCCUUGCAAGGUCAAGUAUAGAUGAUAAGAAGUCCCGAUCAGAAAGAGGAUCUGAGGACACAGAUUAUGAGGAGGAGGAAGUGGUGUCUGAUGGUGGUGGGCCUGAUGGUAAGAAGAAGAAGAAACCUAGGAAUAACUCCAUUGAUUCACCUAUUGAAGGUAAGAGGGAAUUGGGCCUCACAACUCGCCAGCGGGCCCUUUUAUCCAGCAAAGAUGUUUCUGUAUCCGGUGCCAGUGUAGUUGAAUUUCCCAACGGUCUACCACCUGCCCCUCCUCGAAAGCAAAAGGAGAAGCUUUCAGCAGUGGAGCAACAACUAAAGAAAGCUGAGGCGGCUGAAAGGCGUAGAAUUCAAGUUGAGAAGGCAGCUCGGGAAUCAGAGGCUGAGGCAAUAAAGAAAAUACUAGGUCAGGAUUCCAGUCGUAAGAAACGAGAAGAUAAAAUGAAGCAGCGCCGGGAAGAGAUCGCACAGGAGAAGGAUGCCAAUGCACUUAAGCUUGCACCAAACACCAUUAGAUUGGUCAUUGGCUCUACUGGGACUGUUGUUACAUUCCCAAACGACAUGGGGUUGCCUAGCAUUUUUGAACCCAAAUCUCACAGUUAUCCUCCUCCUCGUGAAAGAUGUGCGGGCCCAUCCUGUGCCAACCCUUACAAGUAUAGAGAUUCCAAGUCAAAGCUUCCUCUUUGCAGUCUCCAGUGUUACAAGGCAAUUCAUGAGAAGAUGCAGGCUGAAGCUACCAGCUAAUGUUUCUAUAGUCUUGUCGCCCGUGCCCUAGUGCAGGUGACCUGCACAUUCAUGUCGACACAUCUACAAGAGAGAGAUGUCUAAGAAGACAUUUUUAUGUAUGGGGAAGUACAGAGAUGUAGGAAUUGAAUCCAGUUACAUACUCUUCCUCUUCUUUUCUUUUGUUUGGUGUGAUAAUCCAGUUACAUCUAUAUUCCACAGCUGGAACCUUCAAUGUAUGUUUUCCUAUUCUUUGAAUUUAUUGCCCUGUGAAUAAUGGAAUAUAAACACCACCAAAGGGAUUAUCCUCA